AUGCCCAAAGGCAUCAGCGCGCUCGCAGGGUGCUUCACGGCGGCUCACAAUCUCACGCUGCUCGACCUCAGUUUCAACACGAUUGGUGGGCCUGGUGCCUGUGCCAUCGCGCACCUGCUGACCAGGUACCCGAAGCUGCUGCGCCUGGACGUGACCUCUGGGGAGAUCCCAUCCUCGGGCCUGCAGGACAUCCUUGGAGCCCUGAUCAGCGCAAACAGCCCGAUACAGACGCUCAAGAUCGGCGACAACGAGCUGGACGACAAGGCGGGCGUGUCGGUGGCGAACUUCCUCAGGCUGAACAGGUCCAUCUGCUCCCUCGGCCUGGGGUCCCGGUCGAGCUUCGCUCAGUUCGAGGCCUUCGAGCUCGUCAAAGACUGCAGGGCGCCGCUGCAGGAGCUGGUCUUCCACGGGCACAGUCUCGAGAUCGAGGACCAGUGCAAGUUCCUCUUCGCCGGCUGCAAGCAGUGCAUGGACCUGUCGAGCCUGGACGUCGGCUUGAUCAAGAUACACAGUUCCAAGGAGCACAUGGCGAGCUUCUUCGACAAGCCCCUGACCUUCUUGCUGACGCACGGUCUCUCCGGCUCGACCCCGGCCGAGCAGAGCAACUAUUUGCGGGCCUGCCACUCCCGGGAGAAGCUGAUCAAGUUCCUCAUCAAGCAGCGGAACAGACCGAGCGCCGCGGGCGAGCAGAAGAGGCGCCCUUUCGUGGAAACGCGCGACGCGGCCAGCGCCAUACACGGCAUCACGCGCAUCUGCGGCCGCGGCGAGGCCCUGGAGCCCCUCCUGCAGUGGCGGAAGCAGAUCGUCGAGCUGAUGCUGGGCGCCGACGCCCAGCGGGGCUUCAGCGAGACGCAGCUGACGCAGCUGCCCAUCUGCAAUGCCGUCCUCGCGUCGGCGAAGGACGACCAGAUGAUGCUGCUGCACAACGCAAGCGUGCGGCAACCGAAGGACGCGUGGAUGGUGGGGUGCAAGGAGGGCGGGAAUACAGUGCUGCACGACGCGAUAGAGAUGGGGUGUUCCGACAUCGCCUGCCUGCUCGUCAACCGCAACAGCGUCGUGAGGUGCGAGUUCACCCAGGACGGCGAGGACGUGACGUCCAUCUAUUCGUGCAUGCUGAGCGCCGACGGUAAGAUUCGGUACGACGUCUCCCCCGACUACGUGAAGAUCGACGAGCCCAGCGAGUCCGAAGGCCUGGUGCCCGUUCGGGCCGCGGCCGCCCGCGGCAUGUGGUCGGUGGUGGCGCGCCUGCGCCAGGCAAACUGCAGAGACCUGGAGGUGAAGCUCUGCGAGGGGUCUGCGAAGUGCAGGCGGCGCACGGUCUGGCACGACCUGGCGACGCCAGAAAAUCCCGGCGCGGGCGGCCACGAGGAGCAGCUGCUGUGGGCCGAGGCGCUCAGGGAGGAGUGCGGCCACCUCGUCCGGGAGAAGGACGACGACGGCCGGCUCGCACUGCACUGGGCAGCGAGGCACAACCACCACAGGUUGGUGAGGCUGCUCGUGGAGCUGUUCACCGAGCACAAAAUCGACCACAUGCUGAGGGAGCGGGACAGGGAGCACUUCACCCCGCUCGAGCUGGCCGUGCAGCACGGGCACACCCAGGUGGUCCAGACGCUGCUCUCGUCGGCGCAGCAGGUCAGCAACCAGACGAAUCUGAGCAUCACCACGUGCUACCAGAAGGCCGACAACGAGACGGCGGCCAGCGCUGCCACCAGCGAGGCCGGGAGGGCGUUCUCGGUGGUGCGCAGCGCGCGCUGGCUCUGGAGGCACGAGCCGAGACUGGAGUGCCUCGUCUGGCCCUGCUCCCCCUACCACCUUGUCCUGCUGCAGAUCUGGCACGCCACCUCGGAGAGGCACUCGGCGGCCGGGCGGAGGCGGAUGGCCGCCCUGGCACGGGGCGACGAGCAGCGCCUGUCGGUGUCGCCGAGCACGGCGGACAUGGUCGAGAUGCUGAACACGACGACGGAAGGAGGCAAGUACCGCAGGUCGUUCCUGAUCCGGCACCUGACGCAGAGGCUCCUUAUCCGACGGAUUUUCAUGGGCUGGUACGUAUUAUUAUGGUUCAUGGCCGAGAGCGUCUUCAUCGGCGGCUUGUUUUCGAGUUCUAGGAUGGAACUCGACAUUCAGUUCGAGGAGCACGCGUAUUUCUACAACGAGCAGUUCAACAAAAACGUCCUCCAGGAGGAGUUCCCCUGGGAGGAGGAGGCCUUCGAGAAGGCCUUCCCGCAAAUGCAGUCUCCGGACGACGUGUGGGUAUUCGUCGACGGCGUCCUGAUGGACAACCUGUUCCCCGAGGAAGGCCCGCCCGGCCAGGUCGGGCCUUUCGCCUACCUGAUCGGGAGCCCCGUGCUGCAGAACAAUCCGUUCACCUACGGGAGCUGCGACGGCGCGCUCAUGAGGAGCCCUUUGAAGUUCAAGAGCCUCGGGGGCAGCUCCAGGGAGCCCUGCGUGGUGGGCCGUGGCGACUUCGCGAACGACGUGGUCCUUCCGCGCAGCAAUCGCUCAGCCGCGAUCGCCGCCGUGAAGGCGAUCGACAAGGAUGCCUGGGCGAGGACGGGGGGCGUCCGGAUAAGCUUCGCCAUCUACAACACGCAGUUGCAGAGGAUUUUGCUCAGCGACUUGAGGGUGGAGUUCCGCCCGAGCGGGCUAACCAACCCGAAGCCCAAGACCAGGGUCUUUCUGUGGAUGCCGAUCAACGACGUGCUCUCUUGGAUGUACCCCUUCCUGAUGUGCAUGUUUUUCUCUGUUCACUCAAUAUUCCAGAUCACGAGUGAGAUUCGUCAGAUCUUGUCAGAGCCCAACUAUUGGGAGAGCGGCGAGCAGAGGUUUGAUCUGGCGGUGGAUAUCGUGCACAUUGUCAUUGUUGUUCUUCUUGGCCUGGUGUCUGUCCAGCAAGCCCUGCUUGCAAACAAGCUGGAUCCAGAGUCGGAUGACCCCGUCACCUCAGCACACCAUGCUGUCGACUUCACCCAGAUAGCCUCCUACUCGGUCCACCUUCAAAAAGUAUUUAGCUCCACCUUCUUGCUGCAAACUUUUAACCUAAUCCGGAUCUUGAGAUUACUUCCUGGUAUAGGGCCCCAAAUGCAAGCUAUCGUGCAGACGCUUAUGGACUCGAAAGUGUGGCAAUUUCUUGUAUUUCUACUGGCUUGCGUAAUGGGAUGCGCGUUCACUGUGCACACAAUGGUUGGUGCCGACCAACGGUCAUUUGCCACGGUCCCAGACGCCAUUCUUGGCAUGUACCGGUUUAUUUGGUCAGAUUGGGACUAUACAGACACGUUUUCUAAAACGAAUAAAUUUGGGAAUGGUUCGGACGUAUUCUAUCUUUAUGCGUUUUUCUUUUUCGUGACUUUCUUGGUCACUGGAACGCUGGCAAACGUAUUCAUCGCCAUCGUCGGCGAGCGUUACGUGGAGCAUCUGAAGAGUUCUCAGCUCGACUGGAAGCACGAAGUGAACACCAUAAUGGCAAAAUGGUACGGCGAUGCCUUCUCUAAGAGGAGCGGCUACAGGGAGUUCAUGUCUGCCGCGAAGGAGUUCAGGCAGAGCGGCGCCGAGCUGCUCCCCGUGAGGGACGCGUGCGCGACGGGCAAGGGCGGAAGAGACAGAGAGGGGCCUGGCGAAGAGGACGAGGGCAGCGGAGACCGCGGCGAGGGAGACGCGAAGGGCGACGCCUCGAUGCUGCGCCUCGCGGCGCGCAUCGAGGCGAUGCGCAAGGAGCAGCAGGGGGAGAUGAAGCAGGCGCUGGAGCUCAUCGGCGCUCAGCAGAAGGAGCUGCAUCAGCUCAAG